GCGCGUUCAGUGUUGUUUUUGUGACAGCUGAAAGAGGUUGUAAGUUGGACUACUGUGUUUUUGCGUUGGCGGUGUUUUCUGCAAGUGGAUUUUUAUAAAAAUCAGAAAAUUAAAAAUUUUAUUGCGUGCAAUACGCGUAAAUUACAAUACUCUUUUGAGUAAUUGCUUCUUUUUAUUACACACCUACGUUGUAAUAAUAAAUGAAAUGCAUUUUGUAUGAAUACGCAAGCAGCAGAGAAUAUACUUGUGUGAAAUUUACAAGUUUAUGGCUAAAUGAAAAUGUGCGCGCAUAGGUGUAUAAUAGCAUAAAAACAAAAAACAAAUAGUGAAUUAUUACGCGAUUUACAUUGACUGUGCAGCAGUCGGUGGUUGGUAUACGGCGGUGCAUAUGCCAGCAGCGUAUGCAAUUGCAGUUGACGUCGACUGCGUUGCACCAGCUGAAGUUAUUGUUUGUUAAAUAUACUACGCCAAAAAAAAAAAAAAACGAAAUGAGCGUGUGUGCUACUUCUCACUGAAAAAUUAAAAAGAAAUCUUGCACAAAAAUGUACAUAAGUGCGUAUGUAUGUGCCAGCAAUUUCAGGUGUGCUAAUAAGUAAAUAAUAUACAUAUCUCCAUGUUCGCAUACAAACACACGCGAUAGUGCUGCUAAAUCAAAGCGUAAAAAUAGAUAACUAAUGGAAUUUUUAACUAUUUAUUGCGAAGUUAAGAAAUUGAUGUGCCCAAUGUAUUGUAUUCCCUCGGGAAUGAGUUAACGACGAAAUGCUGCCUACACAGCAAAAACAACAAUAAGAAAACAUACAAAACGCAAGCAGAGCAACAAAAAUGUCCUGCAUAUGAGUGUUAUAAGGUGGUAAAUGGUGGUGGUGAAAUCUACGCUCAACGCUGUUGUGAAGCACAAAACAAACAAAAAAAAAAAUAAAAGAAAAGCAAAAAGGACGCUGGCAGCGAGCAGCAGCAAGCAGUCAACGUGCGGCGAAAAAGCAAAAAUAAAAAAGUAGUUGAAGGUUAUUUAAAAUAUUCUGCUUUUAUUGCUAUAUUCAUCCCUUUCCCUUCCCCUUCGCACUGCGCAGGCGAACAAAUCAAAAAAAGAAAACAAGUAUUAAGAACAGUGGAAGCAAAGAAGUGAAGAACCAGAGCGCACGACGUACAUGUGUCCAUUUCGUAUACACAUGCCUAGUUGUUGUUGGUCGUUCUUUAUUGUAUUUCAUUGUGCCCACUCACUGCAGUGUAAACAAAAAAUCAAGUGUCAUCCGCCAAGCGCCAAGUUUUGUACGACGGUACAACAACAACAAUACAAUAACACAGUGCUAUAUUAGCAAAAGCAAAUCAGUGCCACCUUGGCUGGCUUGGCAUGUGUGCAAGUGAGUGCGCUAUAUAGAGUGAGCAUAUUGAAAAGUGGAAAGUAGUAAUGUUGCGGAGAGUGAGUGAGUGAUUCCAAUAAGAAAUAACAACGACAGUAUUCACAGAGCAAACGCGCACAACAAGCAUUUAUGCAGUGAAUUAACGAAAAAAUCGCCAAUAAUUAACAAAUUAAUGUGCAGUAAUAUUGCAAUAAAUAAAAUACAGCAAUUUUUAUUAAGAAAAUAAUUCAACAAAUUUGUAAUUACAAACGUUACAACGCAUACUGGCGUACGUUAGCUGCGUCGUAGCAACAGCAGCAGCAUACCCACAAACGUGCAAGUGCAAGUGAGUGCGAAAGAGUGAGUGUGAAACAAUACAAUAACUAGUGAGCAACGUAAGCAGCGUACGCAGUUGUAGAGAGCGAACGAGAGCAGCGUGUGCUCGCUGCCGCGUUGUGUGUGCAGUCAGUGUGUAAAGCAGACGUAUACGUAGCGAAGCGUUGGACGUUGGAAAAAAUGUAAAGCGAAGCAUUGCAAAUGUCAAUAAACUCUACAAAGGUGAAACUACAUUCAACAUGGGACUACAUCAACGACAUCUAUCGAACUUUUACAAAUUGCACCAGCACAACACCUUGAACCAAGGAAGAGUUUUAUAAAAUCGCACAGCCACACAAUUUUCAUUAAAAGCAAAAAAAUAACGGUAAAGCGCACAAGCUUGAUUUAUUUUGUUUCACAAAAAGUGAAAGAGAAACAAAAGUUUUUAAUCAUAAGUAAUAAUGUCCUCCACAAAGGCAGAGAGCGCCGCCGGCGCCAAUCCCACCGUGGCUGCCUUUGGCACAGCGCUGGCCGGUAGUGCAUUCCAGCUCCCCGUGAAUAUGCAUAGCCAUGCACAGCAGCUCGCCACGAAUGGCAGCAAUAGUCACAGUACGAAUGGCACAACUACAACAAGCACCACAACAACAACACGCAACAAUAUAUCCGUGACGAAUAUCAAAUGCGAAAUGGAUGAGGGUAGUGUUGUGGCAACACUAAUGCCCAACGGCAACAAUAUAGUGCCUGUCAUAGCCACAACGGGCGCUGCUAGCUAUUAUAAUGGUGGCAGCGGUUCAGGAGGUGUGGGUAUACGCAUACCAGUGACAAAAGCGGAAGAUUCAGAUUCCGAAGCUGAGUUGACGAAUAUUGAAAAUUUAAAAGUGACGCGACGUGCGCACAACAACGCCGACAGCAGCUGUGGCACAGUGGCAGGUGGUGGUGCCGUCAGUAUUGGCAACACCAAUAAUGGCAAUCACAAUAAGAAUGGCCCGCGACCCAUGUCUUGGGAGGGUGAACUCUCCGAAACGGAGACGACUGAAACAGAACUCAUGGAGACGGAGAACUCGUUGAGUAACAGCGGUGUGACGGCGCACAAUUACAGCGCUACCAGCAUAGGUGUAGCGGUGAUUAAGAGUGAGGCGACCACAACAACGCCGGGACACACAUUGGCGCCGACGCCAACACAUCCCAUAAAGCCCGAGCAAAUGGAGCAGAUUUCCGUAGAAGUGCAUGGUGGCGCGUUAGCCGGACUGGGUCCUACGAUCCGCAGCGGUUUGGGCAGCAGCAGUAGCGCGGGAAGUCUUUAUUCGGCCACGCAUACAAAGCUCGCGCCCACACAAAGUGAUCCCAUCAAUUUGAAGUAUGAACCCGACGCUGUUGCCACGGGCUUAAUGCCUGGCGGCGCUAAUGUCAAUUCGCCGCUUUUGACGCGCAACAAGUCUGCCACAUUGCCACUGCCUGCCAAUCCCAGUCCCGAUUCUGCCAUACAUUCCGUCUACACGCACAGCUCACCGUCCCAGUCGCCGUUGACCUCACGUCAUGCGCCCUACACGCCGUCGCUGAGUCGUAAUAAUAGCGAUGCAUCGCAUAGCUCGUGCUACUCCUACAGCUCGGAGUUUAGCCCAACACAUUCACCCAUCCAGGGUAGACAUGCGCCACCGGCGCCAGCUCUUUACGGCAACUUCAAUGGUUCGUUGCAUCAUUCGGUGAUCUAUCGACCAAUCUCGGUAGCGGAGAGCGCUGCCGCUGGUGUAGCUGGUAACGGUAAUACUAGCGGAAACUGCAAUGCCGAAGCACAAAAUCUUAGUAUGGACACAAAGGUCUCGCCACUGAAUAUAGGUCUCGAAGGCUUGCCGUCCUCCCCAGCUGGUAUUUCACGUCAGCAGCUCAUCAAUUCGCCAUGUCCGAUUUGUGGCGAUAAAAUUUCCGGCUUCCAUUAUGGUAUUUUCUCGUGCGAAUCCUGUAAGGGCUUCUUCAAGCGCACCGUACAGAAUCGCAAGAACUAUGUUUGCGUACGCGGCGGUCCAUGCCCGGUUAGUAUUUCGACGCGUAAGAAAUGUCCCGCCUGUCGUUUUGAAAAAUGCCUGCAGAAGGGCAUGAAGCUCGAGGCGAUACGUGAGGAUCGUACACGUGGUGGACGUUCCACAUACCAGUGCUCAUAUACGCUGCCCAACUCGAUGCUGAGUCCAUUAAUGAGUCCGGAGCAGCAAGGCGUGGCGGCGGCGGUUGCAGCAGCUGCUGCGGCAGCUGCUAAUCAGCAACAACAACAGCACGGACGUUUGGGUGCGCAAAUGAUAUCCGCACAGCAGCAGCAACAACAGCACGCAUUGAACGGCCUGGCUGCGGGACUCGGCGCUGGUCAAUCCAUCAUCAAGUCGGAGCAAUGCGACGAGAGUGGCGCGUCAGCGCGUGCAACAAACAUUCCAACGCUGUUGCAGGAAAUCAUGGAUGUUGAGCAUCUGUGGCAAUAUAAUGAAGCGGAAUUGGCACGUCUCAAUCAACCGAUCUCCACAUCAUCAUCGUCUUCUUCCAAUGCAUCUUCGUCUUCAUCUUCUACGGGGUCCGCUGCAGCCGCCAAUCCACAAAUGACCAACCCAUUGCUAGCCAGUGCUGGUUUUGGCAAUGGCGAAAACACCAAUCCCGAUCUGAUUGCACACCUGUGCAAUGUGGCCGAUCAUCGGCUCUACAAGAUCGUGAAAUGGUGCAAGAGCUUGCCGCUUUUCAAGCACAUUUCGAUCGACGAUCAAAUUUGCCUGCUAAUCAAUUCGUGGUGUGAGUUGUUGCUCUUCUCGUGUUGCUAUCGCUCGAUCGAUACUCCCGGCGAAAUCAAAAUGUCACAAGGCAAGAAGAUUAGUUUGGCCCAAGCGAAAUCAAGUGGCUUACAGGUGAGCAGCAAACUAAAAAAUGCCUGCAUUGAACGUAUGUUGAACCUGACGGAGAAUUUGAGACGUUUACGUGUCGAUCGCUAUGAAUAUGUUGCCAUGAAAGUGAUUGUGCUGCUGCAGUCGGACACCAGUGAAUUGCAUGAGCCCGUCAAGGUGCGCGAAUGCCAGGAGAAGGCGCUGCAAGCUCUCCAGGCCUACACGCUUGCGCAUUACCCCGAUACACCGUCGAAAUUCGGCGAAUUGCUGCUGCGCAUACCAGAUCUGCAAAAGACAUGUCAGCUUGGCAAGGAAAUGCUCACGAUUAAGUCACGUGAUGGCGGUGAUUUCAAUUUGCUUAUGGAAUUGUUGCGUGGAGAGCAUUGACAAAUGUUGUUGCAUAGUGCGUGCAAUAGCGCGCAACAACAACAACAGCAACAAGUUGAAGUAGCAAAAGCAGCAAGGGCAACAACAAAACGCAUGCGCAUAGCCAGCUGUGCAAUUGGCAAAGUGCAAUGGAUUUAGCCAAACGAAAGGCUAUUGGUUGUGCUUAAAGCGGCGGCAUCAGCAUAUUUUACUGUUAGUUUUUGAGAUAUGCCGCUAAACGCAGUAAAAAAUAAAAAAUAAAAUAUUCGUGAAAAGGCGAAUAUGGAACGAAGACAGCUUAAAAUAUAAAUAUAUAUGAAAAAGAAACACAAUAUUUUAGUGAAUGUUAGAUAUCUAAGUAUGGCAAACUAAAAUAUUUUUUAGUAAUACUUUUACUCAUUACACUACUACGCAUGCGUAUGAUUUAGCGAACGUUUGUGCAGUUUUCAAUUGAUUAGUAUCUAACAUUUUAGUAUUUUUUUACUAUGCCCAUAAAACCCAAUUUUAUUAAAUUAAGCAAUUAAUUAAGUAGCCCUAAGCGUACUACAUAAGUUAGUAUGUAAUUUAUUAAACUUAACUAAAAACAACAAAAAAAAAGAAACUUGAAUAUGAAAAACAUGUGCCUAAAUGAGUAAACGUUAAAGAAACUGAUAGUAAAAUGCAACAUAUAUAAAAAAGGAAUAUAGUAUUUUUUUCUUCUGUUUAUUGCUAUAGAAAAUGAUGAGCGUGUGAAGAUUUGUAAGUGAAAUUGUGCAUGUGAACCAUUUGUGGAGCAAUGUGGUUCAAUUGUGGCGUAUUGCGUUCCAAAUGCUUUUAAAAGUCUUAUGCAUGAAUGUAUUUGUAUUGGAAAUUGUGGACCAUAGUGAAAGUAAAAGAAUUGCCAAAUUUUUUAAAUAAAAAUUUGUGUGUGUAGUGUUUAAGCUUGCAUAUUGCAAAGAUAUGUAAACAAAGAAAAAUGGAAAAAAGGAAAAAAUUUCUAAAUGUUAAAUAUACAUGUACUUUAUAUGUUAUGUUCGUAUAUAUAUAUGUUUAUGUGAAAGUAAAUGUGAGCAUGCAAAUUAUUCGCUUUUGAAGUAUUGAAAAAUCAAUUUUAAUUCACAAAUGAGUUAUAUUUUAUAAAAAAAUAUCACUUUUUAAUUUUUUUUUAAACACAAUUUUUUUAUAAAAACAAUUACUAUUUCGUAUUUUCCUUUGAAACAAACGUUUUUAUGUAUGGUAAACUAUUUUUUGAUUAAAAAUGAAACAUUUAAAUGUUUUAAAUGAAAGAAUUUUUUAUAAAAAACCUCUGAAAGAAAUUUAAUAUUUUUUUGGUUUUAAUGUUUUAAUUAUUUUUUAAUACAAUAUGUUGGUUGAAAAGCGAUUUCAUUAUUUAAUAUUUUUUUUUAAUUUUGUUUAUUUUUUUAAAUGCAAUAUUUUCAUUUGCGUUUUUUUGUAAUUUAAUAUUUUUAGUUUACAUGUGUUUAUAGUUUAAAAUUUUUAGUUUUUGUCAUUUUUUUAAUUUCCAGAAAAGAAUUAAGUAUUAUCUUUGUUGAUAUUUGUUUGCAUUCAUUGGUUUCACAUUUUAUUAAAUCUAAUUUCAUUUGUAUCAUAUCGUAUACCGUUUUUUAUAAAAGAAAUUAACAUUUUAAAGGUUUAGAACAGCAUUAAAAAAUAUUUAUUUUCUUAGUAAAUCGGCUCUAUAUAAUUUGCCUCGAUUCCACAACUCUAGAUUCAAGGGAGUCGAAAUGGAUAUUAUAGGCCUCUUUAACAACAACAAUCUAAUAAAGAAAUAACUGCAUUUGCCAUAAUCGGUCAUUACUGAAAUAAAUGCAAAAGAUUUCUGUUCGAAUAAUUCCGUAUUUUUUUGUUCAAUAUUGUUAUUUUGUCUACAAAAACUCUUCUAGCUUUUUUCUUUCAUUUAUUAUAAUAAUAAUAACUUCUAUAACUCGAAGUUCUCCAUAAAUCGAACUCUUGAAUUGAAAAUACAAGUCAAAUUCCCUACAAAUUACCUUCUAUAACUCGAAGUUCCUUUAAAUCGAAGUUUUUUUGUGGCUCAUGGUGAUUUAAGUUAGCAAAGUUCAACUGUAUUACUUAAAUUCCACUUUUCCGACACUUUUUCAAAAUCAGUUUAAAUCAUCCUAAAAGUAUGCAGAGUUUAUACUAUUUUGUCAUCUUAUUAAAACAUAACCUAAAAUUAUUAUGAAAUCAUUUCAAAGAUAAAUCGAAAUGUUUUUAUACACAAUUUGAAUAUAAAUUUUUCAAUUCACACAUUUCUAUUUAUUGGAAAUUAUAUUUUAUUUUAUUUUAUUUAUAAUAGAAUACUUCGCUGAAAACAAUCUUAAAUAUUUUCCAAAUUAUUUUGCCAAAUAUAUAAUUGAAAAAAAAAAUAAUAAUUUUAAUAUUUAUAAUUCGAAAAAAGUUGAAUAUGAUAAAAUUUGUGUAAAAUAUCCUUUUUUUCAAUUUAUAAAAAUUAUUUUAUUUAUGAAUUCAAAAGCGAAUAAUUUAAAUGUAAAAAAACAGAUUUUUUUCCUCAAAACCAAUUCUAAUUGAAUAAAAAAGACUAAAUAUACAAAAAUGCACAACUAAUUUUUUAACAAUUAUAACAGAAAUGAAAUCUUUUAAGAAUACAUAAAAAAUAAAUUUUAAUGUCCGCUACAAUACUUAAUGUAAAAAAAAUAAAAGAGGAUUAGUUAAAUGAAUGUUUGUAUGUCUGCUUGCAGUAAAUGUUUAAAUCAUAAAAUUAUAUUUUUUUCUAUUACAUUAAACACUUAAAUAAUUAAAAAAAAUUGAAAAGUUUUUAGUUUAAUAAAAGGCAGCUACAACUGAAAUUGAUACAGCUAGAGUCAAGGUGGUUUGUAAAUUUAUUUUCAUAAUCUUCGAACUACCAUUAUUCAUCCUCACUGUGCUUUCAUGAAAUUUAGUUAUUGUUUUAUAUGAUUACACCAAUGCUAAAUAUAUUGAAUUUUACAGAACAAAAAAAAACUUGGAACAAGAUGAUACAAAUAUAAACAUAUUUAACAUAAUUUCAUUAAAUAUAAAAAUAACCUCAAACUUUUUGUUACCGAUGCAAAAUGGUUUGGCUAUAAAAAAUUAAAAAAUAUUUUUCAUUUUUUAUUCAACAUUCUAAGCACGUUGUUUUUGCACGAAUUCACAUUUGUGUUAAAAGAUAAAAAUUUAAUACAAUUUAGGAUAUUUUUUGUAUAUAAAUUUUAUUAUUUUUUAUUUUUAAUAUUUUUAUGAAAAGCAAUUUUGCAGGAGUGCUGGUUUGCUCCUUUUAAUGCUUGCUUCAUUUUUGCUGAAAUGAUCUACUGAAUUUUUUGUUAUUUCUUUUAUUAUAAAAUUUAAGAAAUAUUUAUAGCUAUUCACUAUUACAAUUUUAGCCUUCUUUUGAACUAAAUUUUCUAUUUUAAUUAUUUUUUUUAUUACUGCAUUUUUUCGAAAUACAAAAAAAAAUAUCUGAAUAAAAAAUAAAAAUUGCAAAAUUGAAAUGUAAUUAAAAAUAAUAUUUGAAAAAGUUUAAAAUAUAAAAAAUUUAAUUUAAUAAAACAUAAAAAAUAAAAAAAAGUUAAAAAUGAAUAUUUAAACUAGAAUUAAUAAUUUUAAAUAUUUAAAUGAUUGGCUUUUAGAAACUGUUUCAAAGAAAUUUUGUUUAAGCUAAAUAAAAAAAAAAUGUCUUAUAGACAGAUUGAAAAAAAAAUUUGGCUUAAGAACAAAAAUUUUUUUUUACAGACGAUCGAAAAAAUUGUAUGCAAAUUGUAUGUCCUUUAGUCUGUCUGAAAAAGCCAAUUAUACUCAAA